AACGGUAUUCCAAGCCCUAUUCUCUACUAUUACAAUUUGAUUACAAUGUGCUCUGUGGCGGCUGGUAACCAAUAAAUGGUAAAAUAAAGUUGAUCAACUAAAUUGUAAACAUGGAGCAUAUUGUAAAUUAUAGUUGUUCGUACAAAGAGUAUAAUAAUAAAGUGUUUGUACCUUAUAUAACUCUUUGUUCAAUAGUCGGCCAACUCACAAAUACUCUUUGAUUAUGGUUUAAUGAAUAAAAGAAAAUUUGCAACGUAACGUUUUCGUUUUUAAUACUAUAUUUUAAGAUAAGGUAGUAAAUAACCAUGACUGAAAUUAAACCAAUGCAGUUAAAAGUUUACAAUGCAAUUGUAAAAGAUUUCAAUAAAAUGACAUCCUUCACCAGAAGAACUGAAAAUGAAUUGAAAAAGAAACAUAAAGACAUACCACCUUUUACAAUCGGUAGUAUUAUAUCAUCGCUUGUGCAGAGAUCCAUGAAGCAAAGUUAUCGGAAGUCACCUGUUAUAUCAAGUAGAUAUUAUGAACUAUAUGAAGAGUUAAUGAGGGACAAACAGAAAGGAGAUGUCAUCUUAAAAUUAGCAGAAAGUCAAGGUAUCAGUCCAGCUCUGUUUGUAAGGUCUCUGCUUCAAAAUGUAUCGUCAGAUUCCACCAUUGUAAAGAAAUAUCUAAAAGACACAACUUUAAUUGAAAACAAGGAUUUGGCUUAUCAAGUCUUUUUGGGCAUCAUGAACGACAACCAGUAUGGUCCCUAUGCAGAUAUAAUCAAACAGUCUAUAGGAUUGGAGUAUGAAUUGCGGCUGGAAAGUGAAUUAAGAAUGAUGAAUAUAUCUUUUUCUGAUGAGAAUGUUCUACGAUUGCGUGGUUACGAUAAGACACCUGAUUUUAAACUGGAUGUUCCGAUUGCAAUUGAUGGAUUUAUUGUAAACUGGAUUGAAAGCAAAGCACUAUUUGGCGAUGAGGAGAAUCAUUUGGGUUACAUGAAGGACCAACUUAUGUGUUAUUGGAAUAGAUUUGGUCCUGGACUAGUCAUAUAUUGGUUUGGAUACUUGGAAACAUUGGACUCAACUCCUGAAGCUAACAAUAUAUUUAUAUUAAGAACAAAAUUUCCAGAAAAGUCAAGUAUAACACAGUAUAAAAUUGACUUGUAAUAUAUAAUUUUUUCUCAUAUUAUUUUAUAAUAAUAUGUUUAAGCAAUAAAAAGAUAUUAAGUUCAAA